CAUCGCAGACGCUUGCAGAUGCUUCCCUCGGCAUCCUCAACAGGCUUUUUGCAAUGCAGAAGUUGGUACGGUAAUUUGGCAACAUUUUACUUCUCAGUGAUCAGGGCGAAGGUGGUUGGAAAGGAAGCGGUGUCUAACGCCAUCAAGUAUGACAUCCAACAGAUCAAGAUGUUCAAAGGUUAUGACCAGGUUAUCCACGCCAUCUACACUUACACCACUUCGUGCAGCGUGACUCUAGAAAUCAACAAGGAAUAUCUCUUCACAGGUGGAAAGGGCAGCGUGGAGUGCGAUUGCGUUAUCUGUGGAUCUGUUGGGGCGGUAUGUGAAAUGUAG